AUGAUGCAGAAAGAGGUGCAAAAUUUAUUGAUUAAAAUAGCCCAGAAAGUGAACCCGACUUUUAACCCGGACUUUGAGGAUUAUGAGCAUGUGAUUCUUCCAUAUUAUCUCGACGCGAUCAUGAGUCCAAAUCAACAGACCUCUCCUUCAUCUAUAGACAAGAUGAAAGUGACUGUGAUCAACGGAGAGAUGAAAACUGGCUUUUACAAAGGGGAGUACAUCAUCACUAACAUGUUUCCGACACUCUUAUCGAACUUUGGUGCUACGACUGGGAAAUAUGUCUACCAAGUUAUCAUCCAAGUAGACGGUCUUCUUCAAAUUGGUAUUUGUGAGAGCACUGAGUCCUUCGACAAUUCGCGAGGAAUUGGAGAUUUUUCGGACUCGUAUGCGUAUGACGGGUACAGAAAGUGUUUAUGGAACGGCAAACAAAUUCCUUUUGGUUCGAAGUGGAAGCAAGGGGAUGUUGUCUCGAUCUGUGUAGACUUUGACAAUAAAACGAUGAAAGUAUUUUUGAAUGAGAAAGACUGCGGUAUUGCAUUCACUGAUAUGGGCACUGAACCACCCAAGAAUACAUACUUUGGUGUUACUGGGUCUGUUGGGAGUAAGUUCAUUGUGAAUUAUGGGGAGUUCCCUUUAUUAUUUAGAGAAAAGUUUCCUGAAUACACUCCUGUAGCGCAACAACCAACAAAAAGUGCAGACAAAGAGGGGGAGGCGCUUAAAGUUGCGAUAUUGGAAUGUUUAAAUGACGAGAGCAAUGCUUCGGUAUUAGUGCUUGAAGCACUCUUCACACGCUUUAUGUCACUUGUUGUGAAUAGUAAAGUGAUCUGCGUCAGGCACUUCAUCACACUUUUGUUUGAGUGCCAUAAAGAAAAGAAAAUGCAGAAGUUUGUGGUGAUGUUGAAGCAUUUGGUCCACGAGAGUGACAUCGAAACGAUUUUUGAUAUCUUGAUGGAGUGGUAUUAUGUCUUCACGUCACAUUUCACUUACGACAACGAACAAACGAUUCAACUCACACAACUCAUCGUCGAGUUCUUGAAUGAAAUGAUGAACUUUGCUUGUAAGAACAUCAACAAGUUAUUCCAAUUCAUCGACAUCAUUUUCACGAAAACAGCAGUGAUUUCAUUCGCGGAGUACACAACUUUAACAACAAAAAUUACUUUGGCGCAACCACCAGAAGAAUUACUCUUCAAGUUGAACGAAAAACAUAAGAAGCAACUGGAGAACGACGAAACUCUUCUCAAAGCACUUGACGCUAACAAACUGUUGGACGAGUUCAUUAGACACUACAGUCUGCGACAUAACAUUGCGGAUGAAGCUGAAGAUAACGACGGAGCAAUGGAAGUGACACUCAGAAUUACUUUUGCCCUCUUUGAUUCGUUGUUGAAGGAGAACAAGCCGUUUGUGUUCAACAAUAAGUUCUUGUUUGAUACGCCGAAACAAUUUGAAGACUUUGAUCGACUUGGCGGGACAGUCAGUUACUUGAAGAAGACGUUCCCAAUUAAAGACAACGACGCGGACUAUGAAUAUCAAAGAAGAGUCCACCGUGCUGUUCUGUUCUUCUACAACAACACAAUUCCAUUCUUCUCGAAAAUUGAAAUUGUCUGUCGGAAAAUGGUUGGGAUAACCAACACGCUUGAGAGAGACAUCGAUUGGUUGGACUAUUUGUGGAUGGCUUCGUCUUUUAUUGUUCCGUGUCGAUUUGAAAUACAGCAGAAGAUGUUUGAGAUGAUAGUGAACGCGAUGAAUGUGUGUGACGCAGUCCUUUUUGUGCACGAGCCGUACUUAUCAACCGUCGUGUCGUUGUGUCGAAAUUUGCGACAGAUGAUCGUCUUCAAGUACCAGCAAACGAUCAUUCAACAAUUAAAAGAACCCAUGGGCGUGUGUGCGAAUAUGUUCAUUUCGUUUUUGAACAACAAGGACAUAGCAAAGCCGGGACUGAAUACUACCAUUUUCCUUUCGCUUGCACUUCUGAUCUCCAAAUUGCCACAUUUAGUUGAAACCAUCACGCCGGCGAAUCGGAUUAUUCUGUUUGAACAAGUUUUUAAGUCAUUUAAAAUGGACGAGGAGGACCGAUACAAGCGCGCAAUGUUUUUCAUUCGAAUUGCAUUCCCCGUGCCUUUCUACCAGAUCAAAGGCAAUGUCGCAGAGUAUAAUAACUACAAGAAUGUGAUGAAUCAAAUCAUUAUGGAGUACUUCAAAGUGGGGGAGAAUGCGAUGGAGACACAUAAAACAGUCUUAGAAUUCAUCUCAAAGAAUUUGGACCAACUUCUCUUGCUGUUGGAUAAAGAGCGACUGAACAACGAGGAGAUAAAGGCGUUUGAAUUACUCACAUCAAACAUGUUAAGUGGGACAGAUCUGUUGGACGCGUUGUCCUUCUACUUUGGCAAGUUAUAUACCGACCACGCACUUGCUACGAAAUUUUUGCAGUAUUUGACAUUUGUGUUAUAUCAAUGCACUGUAAGAAAUGGGAACAGCCGCCGAGGGAGAAUGAUACAUAACAUACUUGUCUCAUUGCGGCUGUUACUGUUGAAUGCACUUUCGAAUAUUUUGAAUUCAAUGGACCAAGAAUCACGAAUGGCGUGGUUUUUGCAAGACGGGUUGGUGACACAAGAGAUCGCCAAAGGGAUAGAAGGGAUCGAGAAAGGGUCCACCUCGAUAUUUUCAUUUGACAUUGACUAUCAGACGGCAUCGUGGGAUCGGUGGAGGACGCCGACAUACACCGAACAAAUUUUGACUGACUUGAAAGUGUUUGAAAAGGAGGCGAUGGGUCAUGUAAUGGCUGUCGUUGAGUUCAUCAAAAGUGCUCUUGAAGAGAAGAAAAAGAAAGGGUCAAAAACAGUCACCGUCACCCCAUCGUUCCGGGGACGAGCGUCAGAAACUUCAUUUGAAAUGGAAGUUGAAGAAGAUGAAGACAAAUUGUGUUUCAUUUGUUGUAGCAAUAACGCAGACACAAUCAUGCUCCCGUGCAAACAUUCAAUGUGUGCAACUUGCAUCGAGAGGUACAUGGAGAACCAUAACGAGUGUCCAUUCUGUAAAGCCAAGAUCGAGGGUUUAAAGAAGCGAAGUGAGAUGGGAAUGGAUGGGGAAAGUUCCACAAAGAAUAUUUGA